AUGCCAAUUUCAUCUGAACCAAGAUGGUCCUCUUCCAUCCUUCAGAGGAGUGCAAAGGAACCAGUUUUGAAGCUGAUAGAUCCAGUCUUCCACCACCACAAAAUUAAAAUAUAUGCCAUGGAUCUAAGAAAUAGAGAGCUGCCACUGGAAGAAAGAGCCAAGGCUGCAUUAUAUAUAGGCCUACUGGCUUAUACAGGUGGUGUUGGUGCUGGAAAUCUUUCUACACAAUAUAUUCAGGACAUGGUUGAUAUUUUGAUUAUGCCAGAUACAUCCACCAAAGUCAGAAUCUUAGUUUUAAAAGGACUAUCUAGUGUAUGCUACAUUAACCCUGUAAACCAAAACGAAGCCAAAGCUCACCACCUUCCCGAAAUUAUGCUUUCCUAUCUUGAAGAAGAGGAAGACUCUGCCGAAGCGGAUCCAGAUGUAGUUCUAGUGAAAUUCUGGGUUUGUUAUCUUAUGACUGUUGUCUGCUGUAAUAAUAUGUCUUAUAUUAGAUUAUUUCAUGAAAUUGGUGGUCAAACACUAGAGAAAAGGCUGGAAUAUCUCUCUAAUAUGGAAUGGUUUGGCUGGCCCCAAAACUAUGCUACAUUAAUGUACAUCUUUAUGGGAUAUCCAAGCACGGAAGCAUACAAAUAGAAUUACGGGAAUAUGUGUUAGAACAAAUAAUUCUGCUACUGAGAAGCACUAGGUCUUUCUUACUUCAAAUAUUUUGACACAAUAAAAUUACUGCUUAGUGUUUAAAUUUAUGUUUAAUUCUAAGAUGUAUUCAACCAAUAAAGAAUUAAAAAAGGAUAAACAUCCAGAGUUAAACUCAACAGAACAUUUCUUUCUGCCUGGACGUUCAACUUAUUAGCCUAGCAUCUAACCCUGAUGUCU